GAUAGCAACCAUGGCACGGAGAUCUAGAGAAAAGAAGAACAGAACGCACAAAAAGGGUGGAUUAUUAUCACAUGCACCUGGCGCAGAAGAAACUGCUGGUGUAAAAAUACCAAAAUCUUUCGUUAUCAAAUCUGGCGAUGUUGGUAAAUCUGUAAAUCAACUUGUUAAAGAGAUAAGAGGUAUUUUAGAACCAAAUACAGCCACGAGAUUGAAAGAGAGGAAGAAGAAUAAGUUGCCUGACUUCUUAGCACUCACUGGUACACUUGGAUUAACACAUAUCGUUAUUUUCACUAGAUCUGCAAAUCAUGUUAAUAUGCGUUUAGCGAGAACACCAAAGGGUCCAACUUUACACUUCAGAGUAGAAAGAUAUUCCCUUAUGGCAGAUUUGAGGAAUGCAUCCAAGAAGAUUGGAAAUUUGGCCAACACUCAUAAAGUACCACCACUUUUGGUUUUAAAUGGUUUCCCACAGGAUUCUAGACCUCACAAAUUAGCAGCUCAACUUUUUCAAUCGUUGUUUCCACCCCUCGAUGUCUCAAAUUUACCUCUCUCACAAGCAAGAAGAUUGUUACUCUUAUCCUAUAAUCCAACAACAAAGACUAUAGAUAUGCGUCACUAUGAAAUUACUGUCAAACCACAUGGUGUAUCAAAGAGGGUUAGAAGAGUCGUCCCAGGUGCAAGCACAGCGAAUAAAUUACCAAAUUUGAGCAACGUUCAGGACAUUUCACAGUAUAUUCUCGGCCAAGAGAACUCUGGUUAUGAAUCAGCAGUCACAAGUGACUCAGAAGUUGAAUCAGAGGUUGAUGAAGCAGGUCAACCUGUUAGAGUGGUUCAGUUGGCUGAAGAUUUCGUCGGCAGAGGAAACAAAAAAGAUGAAAAGAGAGCAAUCAAGUUGAAAGAGAUUGGACCAAGGUUAGAAAUCAGUUUAGUUAAAGUUACAACUGGAUUGGCUGGUUCACAACCUAAGAAACACGGUAUGGGUGGUAAUAAUGAAGGUGAAGUUUUAUUCCAUGACCAUGUCAACAAAUCGAAGAAGGAGGUCAAAGAUUUAGCCAAGAAACAUGCCGAAAGGAAGGCAGAAAUCGCCAGACGGAGGAAAGAGCAAGAGGAGAAUGUCGAAAGGAAGCGUAAAGAUAAGGAAGCUAGAAAGGCCAAGGGAGAAACUGUAGAAGACGAUGAAGAAAUAGAUGAAGAGGAAGUUAAUGAUGACUUUGAUGAUAUCGGUGAUCCAGAGGAGGACCUCGAAAAUUUGGACUUCGAUGAACCAAGUGAUGAAGAGAGUGAGAGGGAAUCUGACAGUGAGAGCGAAGACGAAGAAAUUUCAAAUAAAAAACUUAAAUUGAAUUAAGCGUUACUGGUUUAAUAAACUCACUCAUGUAAAAAGAAAAACAAAAAAUGAAUUCUCAAUUAAAACUCA